AUGGCGUUUGCCAGGUUCAGCAAAAUCCUCCGUCUGCCCACGAUUGAAAUCAAGAAGAAAGUGAAGCAGUACGAGCACGUCCACCGGGACAUCAACCCCAACGACAUAUGGGAAAUUAUUGGAGAGCUGGGCGACGGCGCGUUUGGGAAAGUCUACAAGGCCAGGAACAAAGACACGGGAGCUCUGGCUGCAGCCAAACAGAUCGAGACAAAAUGUGAAGACGAGCUGGAGGACUACAUUGUGGAGAUUGACAUCCUGGCCAAAUGUGAUCACCGCUACAUUGUCAAACUGCUUGAUGCAUUUUACUUUGACAACAAACUGUGGAUCAUGAUCGAGUUCUGCCCCGGAGGUGCUGUGGAUGCCACCAUGCUAGAGCUGGAUCGCGGGCUGACAGAGCCACAGAUUAAGGUGGUGUGUCGCCAGAUGCUGGAAGCGCUGGUCUACCUCCACAGCAUGAAGAUCAUCCACAGAGACUUGAAGGCCGGGAACAUCCUCCUCAUGUUAGAUGGGGACAUCAAACUGGCUGAUUUUGGCGUGUCUGCAAAAAACACCAAAACCUUACAAAGAAGAGAUUCUUUCAUUGGAACGCCGUACUGGAUGGCCCCAGAGGUGGUGAUGUGCGAAACCAUGAAGGAUGCUCCGUAUGACUACAAGGCUGAUAUCUGGUCUCUGGGAAUCACUCUGAUCGAGCUCGCCCAGAUUGAACCCCCGCAUCACGAGCUCAACCCGAUGAGGGUGCUGUUGAAGAUCGCCAAGUCGGACCCCCCCAGCCUGGAGCAGCCACACAAAUGGUCGCAGGACUUUAAAGAUUUCCUGAGGAAAGCUCUGGAUAAAAACCCAGAAACUCGUCCGACUGCCUCGCAGCUCUUAGAGCACCCUUUUGUGCGGUCGGUGACGUCAAACCGCCCGCUGCGGGAGCUGGUGGCCGAGGCCAAGGCUGAAGUCAUGGAGGAAAUAGAGGACAAUAGAGAGGAAGGAGAGGAGGACGACGCCAUGGAGCUCACUGUGUCUCCAGGAAAGGAGCCAUGCCAGACCAGUCAGACCAGUUUGGAAGGAGACCCACCUCCGGAGACCCCGAGCCCCACCACGCCCUCCCCCACCACCCCAAUACCUUUACCCAGGAAGGAGGCCGAGCCAGACACACCGACUGAGGAACAGCCAGGCUCCGUCAUGGUGGUCCCUGUUCCCCUACCGCGGCACAAUCUGCCUCAGAAACAUCCAGAGGAGCUGGGUGACAAACUGGCCAAUGAAGUCAGUAUUGAGUCUGAGAGCGAGGCCUCAACCAAGACUUCCAGCUCGGACUCAGGCAUUGAGGAUGGGAAGAGUACCCCGACGUCAGAGGAGAAGGUUACUGUGGAGACCCCAGAGACAGAGCAGCCGCCAUCUGUCCCCCAGCCCGAAGCAUCUGAGGAGCAAGUCGACAUCAUCAUAGACUCCAAAGGCCCAGAGGUGCCCAAGAUCGAGGUGUCUGAGCAGGAGGGCAAUGUGGCUAAUGGUGACUUACCAACACCAGCCUCAAGUCCUGCUGUCACUCCUGCACCCACUGCUGCUGCCUCAUCUGCUCCUACUCCAGUAGCCACACCUCGUUCUGGGCCCAGCGGUGGCCUAGCCAAAGGUACCCCUGAGCGGACAUCGAUGGGAGGAAAUGCUGAGACCGUCUCGCCUUACAUCAACGGAGGAAUUUUCCACAAACGGAACUCUUACGCUAGCAGCAUGGCAUCCGAGAGCAUGGACAUGUCAGUCAACAGGGAGAGCAUCUCCAUGUCUGCAAGGGACUUCUCCAGCAAGACUCUCAAGCGAACCAGGAAGUUUGUUGUUGACGGCGUGGAGGUGAGCGUGACCACCUCCAAGAUCAUCAGGGACGAUGAGAAGAAAGAUGAGGAGAUGAGAUUCCUGAGACGUCAGGAGCUUCGGGAGCUCCGUCUGAUGCAGAAGGAGGAGCACCGAGCUCAGGCUGCUCUCAACGCCAAACUGGAAACACAGAGAGAGCAAAUACAGAGACGCUUCGACCAGGACAUGAAUGCCAAGAAGAAGCACUACGAUGUGGAGCUGGAGAACCUGGAGAAGCUCCAGAAGCAGACGAUUGAGAGGAUGGAAGCGAACCACAAUGUUAAACUGAAGGAAGAGACCAAACGCAUCAAAUCAGAGCAGGAGCGCGACUACCACAAGUUCCAAGAUCAGCUGAAGCAAAAGAAAAAGGAGGUUAAACAAUCUGUUGAUAAACUGCCUAGAAGUCAGCGCAAAGAAUCCAUGAAGCAGAGGAUGAAUGCCUUCCAAGAUACGAAGAUAGUCGAGGAGGAAAACUUCUUGGCAGCUCAGAAGAAUUAUCUGGACACAACGCUGAAACGGAUCAUCUCCAACAACAAGAGAGAGAUCGCAGAGAAGGAGAGAGAAUGCCUGAACAAGAAACACCAGCUGAUCAGAGAGCGUGAAGCUAUGAUAUGGGACAUGGAGGAGAAGAACCUUUACGAGAGACACCAGUUAUUGAAGCAGCAGUUAAAGGACCAGUACUUCCUCCAGAGGCACCAGCUUUUCAAGAAACAUGAGAAGGAGCAGGAACAGAUGCAGUGCUACAAUCUGAGAAUGAUUGAGAUCCUAAAAGCGCGGCAGCAGCAGGAGAAGAACCGGCUGCCUAAGAUCCAGCGCAGCGAGGCCAAGACCCGCAUGGCCAUGUUCAAGAAGAGCCUCCGCAUCAACUCGACGGGCAGCUCGUCAGAGGACAGAGAGAAGAUCAAACAGUUUUCUCAGCAGGAGGAGAAGCGACAGAAGGCAGAGAGGCUUCAUCAGCAGCAGAAACAUGAGAACCAGAUGAGGGAGAGGGUUGGAGAGUGUGAGAGCAACAUCAGAGAGCUGCAGCAGCUACAGAAUGAAAAGUGUCACCUGCUGCUUGAGAAUGAGACUCAGAGGCUCAAACAUUUGGAUGAACAACACAACCAGCUGCUGAAGGACUGGAGGGAUCACCUGAAACCCCGGAAAAAGGCCCUUGAAGAGGAGCUGAACAUGAAGAAAAGGGAGCAGGAGGCUUUCUUCAGGAUGAGUGAGAGCACUGAUUGCCCAAACCCAAGUUCUCCCAACAAACUGUCCAAGUUUGUGCCUUACCAAGACUGUUCAUCCACAUAAAACCAGCUGCUGCUCACACGUCCGGGCCACUGUGUGUUCAUCCCCUCAGACACUCAUCCACACCUGCUGCCUCACUCUUAAUCAGCUUUGCCUGAAUCAGCAGCGAACCUUCCCUCCAUUUGGUUCCUUUAUUGUUUUAGUGAAUAUUUAUGUUUUAACUCCUGUUCUAAGGUUUUUCUUUAGAGAAAGUGUUUGGUGGCUUUAAAGCUCAUCACAUGAAUCACUUACAUAGUACGGGCUCCUGUACAGUGUUUACAUGUACUUUAAUCUUAGUUCUUAUCGCUCACCAGUGAAUUAGUGGGUGAUACUUAAUGAUACAGUGGCCCUGAGUUCUGUUGAGCUGAAGAUACCAAAUGAAGUUUCAGUUUUAAUGAGCAAACAUAUUUAGAAAAAACAUUAUUUGGUUGGGAAGAAGCAGUUUGUGGUCACCAAGCGAAGAAAUUUAUAGAAGUUUUUUUUUUGUUUCUAUGAAAGCAGCAACUGAGCACUUCUGUUUACACCAAAUAAUCAGUGCCGUCUUCUGAACAGCAUGACCAAAAAUCACCAGAAGUGACAUCAUGCUCCAUCAUUCUUCUGUUCCUUCUCUGGUCGCCCUGGCCGGUCUGUUCCUCCGGUCAUGUAGCAGCUUCAGUCUGCCUUUAUUUAUUCUACUGAUAAAGAACAAACGUAUCCAGAUUGAUCACUGUAAUGGCUAAUUUAAUAUUUACUUCAUCUUUUAACCUGCAGUAGAAAGGAUGUGCUCAUAAUUUGGUAUCAUAUUUGACAUGGGGAUCAGAGUUAAAUAGUUUCUUUUUAAUGAUUAUUUAGGAGUGAGAUUUUAACAGGCGGGGCAACAUUUUGUUUAACUAUUUGAAUAUUUUCUGUUGUAUUUUUACUGUAAAAUCAGUCACACUGGAUGAGAACUGACAAAGCCAAAGUGAAAUACUGUUGUUGUUUGAAGGAUGUUAGAAAGGGGAUUUAAAUUUGAAUUUAUAAAGACAUGUAUUAAGUGUGUAAUUGUGAUACCAUGUGCAGUAAAUGCCUGCCAUCUAACCAAAGUGCAAUAUUCCACGUAUGUCUUUUGCUAAGCUUAAAGAGGUUUAUUUUCUUAAACUCUGCCUGUCUUUGCACUGAGAGGGGAAAUAAUAUGAAGAGUUUAAUACAAAAAAUGGACCAUCUAAAAGAAUUACAUGUGAUCUUCAUAUUUGUUGUGUCUUAGAAGCAAUAAUUUGGUGUUUCAUUCUUCAUACGAUGAUCUGAUUUUUGAACACAACUCUUCAUAUCAUUCUGAAGAGAGUGCAACAACUCAGUCCGCUGUAAGAGGCCUCUAGAUGUUAAAUCUUAAACUGAAGCCUUCAGUCAGCAGCUGAGGAACUUGUACCCUCGGUGGGUGGGAGAGGAUUUAUUUUCAGAGCAAUCCGGCCUGCAGAUUUAAAGUGAACCAGGUUGGUGAUCAGGUACCAGCUUAAGCUCUCUCUCCCUCUCCCUCUCUCUCAAAAGUAUUUAAAUGUGUUGUAAAAAUUCUCCUUCCUGUUUGACAGCUCCAUCUACGCCUUCUGCUGUGCCUCAGUUUACAGGACGCUGUUGUUUGAAUGGAGGGGUUGUGAGUAUGAAUGAGAAUCGUCAGAAUGAUGAAGUGUCAGAAGGAACCACUGUUGUAAAAAAAAACUCUUAAUAAUAAAGGCAGAUUUUCUAAUGAAA